GCCGGCUGCCCGUUGCUAGCUAUGGCAAAUGGUGGCGGCAGCGGCGGCGGCAGCGGCGGCGGCGGUGGCGGCGGAGGCAGCGCUCUUAGAAUGAGUAGCAAUAUCCACGCGAACCAUCUCAGCCUAGACGCGUCCUCCUCCUCCUCCUCUUCCUCCUCCUCUUCUUCCUCCUCCUCUUCCUCCUCGUCCUCGGUCCACGAGCCCAAGAUGGAUGCGCUCAUCAUCCCGGUGACCAUGGAGGUGCCGUGCGACAGCCGGGGCCAGCGCAUGUGGUGGGCUUUCCUGGCCUCCUCCAUGGUGACUUUCUUCGGGGGCCUCUUCAUCAUCUUGCUCUGGCGGACGCUCAAGUACCUGUGGACCGUUUGCUGCCACUGCGGGGGCAAGACGAAGGAGGCCCAGAAGAUUAACAAUGGCUCAAGCCAGGCAGACGGCACUCUCAAGCCAGUGGACGAAAAAGAGGAGGCGGUGGCAGCCGAGGUCGGCUGGAUGACCUCCGUGAAAGACUGGGCAGGGGUGAUGAUAUCUGCCCAGACGCUGACCGGCAGAGUCCUGGUUGUCUUAGUCUUUGCUCUCAGCAUUGGUGCACUUGUAAUAUACUUCAUAGAUUCGUCAAACCCAAUAGAAUCCUGCCAGAAUUUCUACAAAGAUUUCACAUUACAGAUCGACAUGGCUUUCAACGUGUUCUUCCUUCUCUACUUUGGCUUGCGGUUUAUUGCAGCCAAUGAUAAGCUGUGGUUCUGGCUGGAAGUGAACUCUGUAGUAGAUUUCUUCACGGUCCCCCCCGUGUUUGUGUCUGUGUACUUAAACAGAAGUUGGCUUGGUUUGAGAUUUUUAAGAGCUCUCAGGCUGAUCCAGUUUUCAGAAAUUUUGCAGUUUCUGAAUAUCCUGAAAACAAGUAAUUCCAUCAAGCUGGUGAAUCUGCUCUCCAUAUUUAUCAGCACAUGGCUAACAGCAGCCGGCUUCAUCCAUUUGGUGGAGAAUUCAGGGGACCCAUGGGAAAAUUUCCAAAACAACCAGGCCCUUACCUACUGGGAGUGUGUCUACUUGCUCAUGGUGACCAUGUCCACUGUUGGUUAUGGGGAUGUUUAUGCAAAAACCACGCUCGGGCGUCUCUUCAUGGUCUUCUUCAUCCUCGGGGGACUGGCCAUGUUUGCCAGCUACGUCCCUGAAAUCAUAGAGUUAAUAGGAAACCGCAAGAAAUACGGGGGCUCCUAUAGUGCGGUUAGUGGAAGAAAGCACAUUGUGGUCUGUGGACACAUCACGCUGGAGAGCGUAUCCAACUUCCUGAAGGACUUUCUGCACAAGGACCGGGAUGAUGUCAACGUGGAGAUUGUCUUUCUUCACAACAUUUCCCCUAACCUGGAGCUUGAAGCUCUGUUCAAACGACAUUUUACUCAGGUUGAAUUUUACCAGGGUUCAGUCCUCAAUCCACAUGAUCUUGCGAGAGUCAAGAUAGAGUCAGCAGAUGCGUGCCUAAUCCUUGCCAAUAAGUACUGCGCAGACCCCGAUGCUGAAGAUGCCUCCAACAUCAUGAGAGUCAUCUCCAUAAAGAACUACCACCCGAAGAUAAGAAUAAUCACUCAGAUGCUGCAGUAUCAUAACAAGGCCCAUCUGCUAAACAUCCCAAGCUGGAAUUGGAAAGAGGGGGAUGAUGCAAUCUGCCUCGCAGAGCUCAAGCUGGGGUUCAUCGCCCAGAGCUGCCUGGCUCAAGGCCUCUCCACCAUGCUUGCCAACCUCUUCUCCAUGAGGUCAUUCAUAAAGAUUGAGGAAGACACAUGGCAGAAAUACUACUUGGAAGGAGUCUCAAAUGAAAUGUACACAGAAUAUCUCUCCAGUGCCUUCGUGGGUCUGUCCUUCCCUACUGUUUGUGAGCUGUGUUUUGUGAAGCUCAAGCUUCUAAUGAUAGCCAUUGAGUACAAGUCCGCCAACCGAGAGAGCCGUAUAUUAAUUAAUCCUGGAAACCACCUUAAGAUCCAAGAAGGUACUUUAGGAUUUUUCAUCGCAAGCGAUGCCAAAGAAGUUAAAAGGGCAUUUUUUUACUGCAAGGCCUGUCAUGAUGACAUCACGGAUCCCAAAAGAAUAAAAAAAUGCGGCUGCAAACGGCCCAAGAUGUCCAUCUACAAGAGAAUGAGACGGGCAUGUUGUUUUGAUUGCGGACGUUCUGAGCGUGACUGCUCGUGCAUGUCAGGCCGUGUGCGUGGUAACGUGGACACCCUUGAGAGAGCCUUCCCACUUUCUUCUGUCUCUGUUAAUGAUUGCUCCACCACUUUCCGUGCCUUUGAAGAUGAACAGCCGUCAGCAUUGUCACCCAAAAAAAAGCAGCGCAACGGAGGCAUGCGGAACUCACCCAGCUCCUCGCCCAAGCUGAUGAGGCAUGACCCCUUGUUAAUUCCCGGCAAUGAUCAGAUUGACAACAUGGACUCCAACGUGAAGAAGUACGACUCUACUGGGAUGUUUCACUGGUGUGCACCCAAGGAGAUAGAGAAAGUCAUCCUGACUCGAAGUGAAGCCGCCAUGACCGUCCUGAGUGGCCACGUGGUGGUCUGCAUCUUUGGCGAUGUCAGUUCAGCCCUGAUUGGCCUCCGGAACCUGGUGAUGCCACUCCGUGCCAGCAACUUUCACUACCACGAGCUCAAGCACAUCGUGUUUGUGGGUUCCAUUGAGUACCUCAAGCGGGAAUGGGAGACUCUUCAUAACUUUCCCAAAGUGUCCAUAUUGCCUGGUACGCCGUUAAGUCGGGCUGAUUUAAGGGCCGUCAACAUCAACCUCUGUGACAUGUGCGUUAUCCUGUCAGCCAAUCAGAAUAAUAUUGAUGAUACUUCGCUGCAGGACAAGGAAUGCAUCUUGGCGUCACUCAACAUCAAAUCUAUGCAGUUUGAUGACAGCAUCGGGGUCUUGCAGGCUAAUUCCCAAGGGUUCACACCUCCAGGAAUGGACAGAUCCUCUCCGGAUAACAGCCCGGUACAUGGGAUGUUACGCCAGCCCUCCAUCACAACUGGGGUCAACAUCCCCAUCAUCACUGAACUAGUGAAUGAUACUAAUGUUCAGUUUCUGGACCAAGACGAUGACGAUGACCCCGACACAGAGCUGUACCUCACGCAGCCGUUUGCAUGUGGGACAGCGUUUGCCGUCAGCGUCCUGGAUUCACUCAUGAGCGCGACAUACUUCAAUGACAACAUCCUCACCCUGAUACGGACCCUGGUGACCGGAGGAGCCACGCCGGAGCUGGAGGCUCUGAUUGCCGAGGAGAAUGCGCUGCGCGGGGGCUACAGCACCCCCCAGACGCUGGCCAAUAGGGACCGCUGCCGCGUGGCCCAGUUAGCACUGCUGGACGGGCCCUUUGCGGACCUGGGGGAUGGUGGUUGUUAUGGUGAUCUGUUCUGCAAAGCUCUGAAAACAUAUAAUAUGCUUUGUUUUGGAAUUUAUCGGCUGAGAGAUGCUCACCUCAGCACCCCCAGCCAAUGCACGAAGAGGUAUGUCAUCACCAACCCCCCGUACGAGUUUGAGCUCGUGCCGACGGACCUGAUCUUCUGCUUAAUGCAGUUUGACCACAACGCCGGCCAGUCCCGGGCCAGCCUCUCCCAUUCCUCCCACUCGUCCCAGUCCUCCAGCAAGAAGAGCUCCUCCGUUCACUCCAUCCCAUCCACAGCAAACCGACAGAACCGGCCCAAGUCCCGGGAGUCCCGAGACAAACAGAAGUACGUGCAGGAAGAGCGGCUCUGAUAUGUGUAUCCACUGCCUCUGUGUGUGAAACUGUAUCUGCCACUCAUUUUCCCAGUGGGUGUUUCCAACAGUAACUUUCCCCAUUUUCCCCUGUAGUCCCCCCCACCUUUUCUUUACACAUAUUUGCAUAUGUAUGAUAGUGUGCAUGUGGUUGUCAUUUUUAUUCCACCACCAUAAAACCCUUGAGCACAACAGCAAAUAAGCAGACGGACCAAAAGUUAUUUAUGAUUCUAGGGGGAAAAUAACCCUAAGGCAUGCUCCAGACAUAAAUAGCUCUCACUGCAGGAAUGAGUUCACAGAUAAGAAGGGAGCGUUUGUGAUCCACAUCAGUUAUGCAAAGCAAGUUUAGUUAAUGUAGAAGAAAAGUUUAUUCUGAUGUAUAAGCAUUAU